AUGUCGCAAACAACUGCGAUAAAUUAUGCGAACCUCGAAGAGUUUUUGCAAAAAGAAAAUGCGAGUGAUGAAGAGAUUCGAAGUUGGUAUGAUAAAUUAUUGGAAUAUGAAAUCGAGGGAUCCGAAACAUCGAAUGAUAUUGAGAUAUUGUUCAAUGGUGCGAGAUAUUUGAUGAGUUUUGCAUUUACGGCCGCUGAAGAAUUGAGAGAUGUUGCUGAACAUGAAGCUGUUAUUAUGGCUGAGAAAGAGGAUAAAUGGGAGGAGGAAAAGGUUAAAUUAAAGGUCAGUUUUUUUUUGAAUAUUUUUAAAUAUUUUGCGGAUGACGUAAAAAUUUUCUCAUCCAUAAAAAACCGGAAGGAUUCUGAAAACCUGCAGAAAUCCAUAAACAAAGUGGUUUCUUGGGCCGUUGAAAAUAAAUUGGCAUUAAAUGGCGAUAAAACAAAAAUACUUUCUAUACACACAAAACCAACCAAAUUUGAGUAUAAAGUAAUGGACACAACAAUAAACAGAACAUCGGUUAUGAGAGAUCUCGGUUUUUAUAUCUCUGAGAAUUUGGAUUUUAGUGACCACUGGACUACAUUCACAAAAAAAUCUAAUUCCCUUUUAUAUCUUCUUUUUAAGUCAUUCACUACCAAAAAUCCAAAAUUAUACUUAUCCCUGUAUAAAACACAUAUUCGCUCAAUUCUCGAAUAUGGUUGCGUUGUCACUUCCCCUCCUGAUAAAUCCACCUCGGAUAUGAUAGAGAAAGUGCAGCGUAACUUCACGAGAAAAUUAUAUGGUAGAGUGACCGGUAAAUUCAUCAAUUACCGAGAUCCAGGCUAUCUUACUUAUGAGGAGAGGUUGGAUGUGUUUGAGUUGGAGAAGUUGAGUGACAGGAGGAGAAGAUUUGAUCUCCGUAUGCUUGAAGACAUUCUUUCGGGUAAAUCUAAAGUAAAUUAUAAACCCCUCUUUCAAAUUCAGAAAACCUCAUCUAGAUCUCGCCUAAAUCUUUUAUUCAAAGUCCCCAAAAAGAAAAUCCGAAAAAACUUUUUUCCAUGAGAGUAAUCCCGGAGUUUAUUAAAGGCAUCAGACAAUAUUCAGAUGAGUUUCUGGAUACUAUUACUAGAGUUUCUAACCACUGAUCCGAAUCUUGAUAAAAUUAAAUUCUAAAUUUUAAUUUUAAUUUUAAUUUUAAUCCUUCUAAAAACAAGAGGAAAAACCUUUGUGUCUCACAAUCAAUACUCAAAUUAAAGCCAUUAAUUCAUUAUAAAAAUUUUUGUGCAAAUUCCAAGAUCUAGUACCACUCCAAAACAGUCAAACCAAUGUGUCAUUCCCUUUCUUUUUAUACGGUUUCUCUUUUUGUUUUUCUUUCUAACUUUCUUUUUUUUUUUUUUCCUAUUCCCACCCCGCCCCCCCCUAUUAUUAUUUUUUCCUUUUUUCUUCUUUCUCACCGCCAUCAUAAUGUAAAUAAUUCUUAAAAAUCAAACCCUACUGGUUAAAUUGUGAUCACCGCACCCGUGAUAUUGCUAUUCAUUUUAUCACUUUUUUCUCACGAUGUACUUUUCCUCUCAUCGUAAAUAAAUAAAUAAAAAAAAAAAAAAUAUUUAUUUUUAGUUAAGUAUUCAAAAAGUUCACUGUUUCAAAAAAUUUACAAAUUCAAAACAAAUUAUUUUCAAUCACUAUAAGAUCCAGCCUUUCUUCUACAAUCCAAAUUAAGUUUUCGCCACAAAUUUAAAAUUUCUGAAACUAGCAAAUUGUGAUAAUAUUCUGAAAAUGUCCAAUAUUUUUUAGCCGAAUACUGAAACCAUUUCAUCAUCAAAGAAAAAAUCAAAUAGAUUUGAAACAGUGAAUUUUCUUUUACGGGAAAAAAUGAAUUUAUUGGUUUGAAUCCCGACAAAAUUGAGAGGAAAAAUAAUUUCACAGAAAAUUGACUGUUUCAAAUAAUUUAUUAAUUCAAAACGAAUUUUUUUUUGAAUCAAUCAAUAAUCUGGUUUUCUGAAAUCUGGAAAAAAUUCAGAUGGGAAUCAAAAGAAAAAAAUUAAUCAGACGUGAAAUAGAAUUCUUGAAACAGUGAUUUUUUUCGCGAAAAUUUCUACUGCUUGUCAGAAAAUUGAUCAAAUUUCAAGGAUAAAAUACGCUUCAAAUAUUCUUUAUUCAACCGGGGAAAACUAGCUAAUUCAAGCCUAAUUGUGAAAAUAAACUCUGAAUUUUUUAGCCUAAAUCACCGACAACUAAACUAUCAAAGAAAAAAAUCUAUUAGAAUUGAAGUAGAAUUUUUGAAACAGUGAAAUUUUUCAAAAAUAAUAAAUAAAUACGUUUCAAAUUUUUUUAUUGCACCGGGAAAAUGUUUAUUUUGGUGGACAAGUUAUUUUUUGUGAAACGAUAUAAUUUUCUCGAACCUCGAGAAGGAAAUACUACAAUAGGAAAAGGAUACUGUAAUAUCAAAUCGAAUUAUCAAGCGAUACCAUUAAUAUUAAUGAUAUUGUGGGUGUUGAGCAGAAAUAUAUAUUUAAGGAAUACUAUUUUCUAUGGUUUUAUGUGUUUUUUUUAAUACAGGGUGAUACAAUAUUUCUAGUAUUUUUUUCGACCACGGUAGAGAAAUUCAAUUGUGUAUUUCCCGAAUCGGCGUGCAAUUGCCAAGUUCGACGCCGAUGCAAAACGCACAACUUGAGUUCAAUAUCCAAUCGAACGAAGCUGCCAUAUUCGAGAACCGUUUUUGACAUCAUAACAUCAGAAAAUCGAGUGCAGAUCAAACCAAAAUCACUAACUCUUCUUCAAAUUCAACAUUUCUUCGGAUCAGUGAAAAUGUUGAAAUUCGAAAGCCUAUCUAUAACUGUCUAGCUGGAUCCACGAUCGAUUCGACUUGUGAUGCAAAAGAAGAUGGAAUGAAAAUCGAUUGUAUAACAUCCAUUGUUCAUCAAAGUUCAAUGGAAACCGUUUCAGGAUUUCAAAUUCCCAUUAAAAUUUACUAGAAAUAUUAUAUCACUGUUUAUUUUAAUAAAAAACACAUAAAAACAUAGAAAAUAGUAUUCCUUAUAUAAUAUUUUUGCUCAACACCCACAAUAUCAUUAAUAUUGAUGGUAUUGCUGGAUAAUUCGAUUUGAUAUUACAGUAUCCUUUUCUUAUUGUAGUAUUUCCUUCUCGAGGUUCGAAUUUUCACAAAUGGAUUUUUGCUCAAAAGAAAUAAUUUUUGAAAUGAUGGUUUUUUUUCUUCAUUGAAAUAAGAAGGUUUUCCACUGAGUAUGAGACCCCGGAUCGUAAUUUCUAGAAGAAAAUAGUGAAAAAAAUGUUUCCAGGAAGAACUUGAGAAAUUUCGCGAGCGAAUCACAUCAAAAGCCGAAAUCGGUGAUUCGACAGAAGCCUUCCGCGCACAAAUCGACAGUUUGAAAGAGGAAAAUCGACAACUUCAGCAAUCAAAUCGCGAUCGGGAUAGAGAAAUGGCUGAUCAGAGAGAUCGAUUUGAAAAUUUGGCAGCGAGAGUUGAAACAUUGACGAGAGAAAGAGACGCAUUAUCAGAUCAUGUAAGAAAAGUUCAGCACUGAUUGUGAGGAAAUUUCGAUUUUUUGUAGAAAGUCCACCUCGAAGAUACAAUCCGUGAACUAAAUCGUCGAAUUUCGUCAAAAACUGAAGAAACCGGAGGAGAUUGGGAAAGUAAGAAGCUGAAAUUGAGGAAUGAACAGGUUUUAACAAUGAGUAGGCAAAUGCAAGCGGUUGUUUCACAAAAUGAUGAACUUCGGGAGGAAAUUGAGAGAGUUAGUGAUGCUUUGGAAGAAGCGACCAAGAUUAUUGAGCAAAGUGCAAAGAGGUAG